AUGUUCUAUAAACUCUCUCUUUUGGCGCUUUGCGCUACCACGGCUACUGCAUCUUAUGGAAGCAAUUUGAACUACCGCAGCCCUUCGCUUCAUCAUCCGUCCCUCGGUAUUUCUGUACCCAAGGUCCUGAAGAGAACCGACCCGGCUAUUGAGUUCGCGCCCGAAAAAUUGAACUUCACUCACGGUGUAGCGUCUGGAGACCCUUAUGCCACCUCCGUCAUCCUAUGGACGAGAUGUUCUCCACAAUUUGACGAUGUUAAUGAUAACAGCACCGUAUCUGGUGAUGUGCCACUUUACAACCCUGUUCCAGUUCACAAAGACACAGAUGAACAUAAACCCGUCUCCAAGGCUCCUAUUUGCUUAGAAUUCAAGGUUGCCACGGAUGAGAAGUUCAAGAAGGUCAUUGAGAAGGGCACUGUCUAUACCAGUUCCGAUGUCGAUUAUACUGUCAAGGUUGAAGCCACGAAACUAAAGCCGUUCACCGAAUACUACUACCAAUUCAACAUCUGUGACUCUGACAAGAAGAGUCCAAUUGGACGCACCAAGACUGCGCCAGCUGAGGAUGACCUGGUGGAGGAUAUCUCCCUUGCCGUCUACUCUUGUAGCAACUACCCCUUUGGCUUCUUCAACGCCUACGGGAAUCCAGUGCGAAAGGAUUCCGUUGACUACGUGCUUCACCUUGGUGGCUCUGGAAAAGACAUUGGACGAGUUCCAUUGCCUGACCGUGAUAUCUUCACUCUCUAUGAUUACCGCAAGCGUCAUGCCACCUAUAGAACUGAUCUUGACUUGCUUGCCAGUCACCAGCGCUUCCCUUGGAUUCCAGUUUGGGAUGACCAUGAGGUCGCCGAUAACACCUACCGUGAUGGGUCAUCUAAGCUUAACAACACGGAGGAGUCCUUCGUUGCGGACGGUGGAAUCAGUACUGACCAGAGAAAGAUGAACGCUGUCCGUGCUUACUUUGAAUGGAUGCCUAUCAGACAAGUGGAAAUGGAUGACAACCUCCGUAUUUGGCGCAACUUCCAGCUCGGUUCCCUUGUUGAUGUUAUCAUGCUUGAUACCCGUGUGUAUGAUCGAUCUAUUACCGACCUAACGUGGAAUAAGGGUUACGUUAGCCAACUUCGCGGUGAUGCUAGCCGCAGUUUGAUGGGCUCUCGUCAGGAAAAUUGGUUCUACCGUAACCUCAUCGAGUCUGCCGAGCGAGGCGCUAAGUGGCGUGUCAUCGGCAGCCAGGUCGUGUUCUCCCACAUUAACGAGUCUGCUGCCUUUGGUGCUGCCCGUAACCUCAACAAUGAUGCCUGGAGCGGUUAUCAAGCAAAUAGAAACCGCACGUUCAAGACCCUCUACGAUCACAAAAUUCCAAACAACAUCAUGAUUGCAGGUGACAGCCAUGCCAACUGGGUCAGUGAUCUUGUCUGGCUUGAUGAGGUCCCAUAUGAUCCAAAGACCGGCGAGGGUGCCAUUGGUGUCGAGUUUGCCGGGUCUGCCAUCUCUUCUCCAUCUCCUGCUGGCAGUAAAAUAAACCUUAAGAACUCGAUUGAGAAGUCCAAGCUACUCGCGACCACCAACAAGGUCCUGCAGUGGUCUGAACUGUACUACCGUGGCUACUUCGAGCUGCACUUCAACCAGAAGGAAGUCCAGGCUCGGUUCUUUGGAACCCCCCAUAUCCGUGACCGAAACCCAGAUGAGAUCUCGCUGGCCAACUUCACUGUCAAGGCGGGAGCCAACCGCCUUGACCGCGGCAAGGUAGGUGUUCCUGGCGGUGGCGUGGUAGAGAACGGAUGGCUCAAGGGUGGAAAAGUUGUUCAGACCAACCUGACCAACAACACUGAGAGCGGAAUGUGGCACAUCAACAAGUAA